CUCUCUCUCCCUCCUCCAGUCCGGCCCCCCCUCUCUCCCUCCCCUAUCCGUCUCUCUCUCUCCCCCAGUCCGGCUCUCGGUGUCAGGCGGCUAUGGCUCCGGCGCUGGACAGGCCCGGUUACUGGGGGCCCCCGACCUCCACCCUGGAAUGGUGCGAGGAGAACUACGCCGUGUCCUUCUACAUCGCCGAGUUCUGGAACACAGUCAGCAAUCUGAUCAUUAUCCUACCUCCACUCUUUGGCGCCAUCCAGACUGUGAAAGACGGGCUUGAAACUCGAUAUGUAGUUGCCUACCUAGGUCUUACAGCUGUGGGUUUAGGCUCCUGGUGCUUCCACAUGACCUUACAGUAUGAAAUGCAGCUUUUGGACGAGUUGCCGAUGAUCUACAGUUGCAGUAUUUUUGUCUAUUGUUUAUAUGAAUGUUUCAAGAACAGAAAUUCCUACAAUUAUUUGCUGCUCAUUAUUUUAGCUCUGUUUAGCUUAAUAGUAACUACAGUUUACUUAAGAUGGAAGGAGCCAGUAUUUCAUCAGGUCAUGUAUGGGGUGCUGGUUUCCUUUUUAGUGCUCAGAUCUGUCUACAUAGUGACAUGGGUUUACCCAUGGUUAAGGGGUCUGGCCUACACAUCCCUCGGUGUAUUUUUCAUUGGGUUUGUGCUGUGGAAUGUGGAUAACAUCUUCUGCCCUACCUGGAGAGGAGCGCGGCAGAAGAUGCCUCCUGUGAUCGGGGCCGUGACUCAAUUUCAUGCUUGGUGGCACAUUCUGACUGGGCUGGGGUCUUAUCUGCACAUCCUUUUCAGUUUAUACACAAGAACACUUUUCCUCAAGUGCCGGCCAAAAGUGAAGUUCCUCUUUGGGAUGUGGCCAGUAAUCAUGGUGGAAUCUCCGAAGAAACGCUGACCAAAAUAAUUAAACCGCACUACAGACAUUCCGCAGUUGUACAGGCAGAAAAUGGCAAAAGGACUCUCCUCCGCCAAACCUUCUAUGCAGUGAAAUGAACUUUGUUUGCAGUUUAUAUCUUUGUGGGUGUCUUUGUGUGUUCACGCACGCGCGCGCACACACACACACACGCCUGUGUACCAAGUUAUUUAUCCAGCUCUGCUCUGGUACUGCCAAACACAGCAAGAAUGAAGAAUGAUGAUUGAAACCUCACGAAGACCAUGUUUGGAGAUCUCAAAGGUGCAUCAACUGUCAAGAAAGCAGCGUGGUUGAUCUUAGUCCAUUUUGGCCAGUUACAAGGAAUGAAGUGCAACUGUUUGUCUCCCCAUUGACCUCAUUAAUUAUCACAUUAAAGUGACACCACUGCCUUGAUAUAGGCCAAAUGUAAAAGAAAAAUUAAAGGCCAAAUUAAAUGACACGGCCGACUUUUAACUUUGCCCUCUGAUGGGGCCAUGUAAAACGCACAAGUUUCAUUAUUCUUCGAUUUUGGUCAGGUAUUAAUCAGUGAAAUUUGGGAAUUAAAAGAACAGCUGAAACUUAAAUCGUUUAAACGACCUGAUUCUCUACCCGUCCCGUGCUGCUGUUAUUUUUUUAUUUUAUUUUUUUUUUAGGUGUCCACAGAUCUGUUUAUUUCCAAUGAAGGCAGCACCACGAGAUUGCGGUGGAAAUGUUUGCAAUCAGUACGACACAUUAUUGGGUCACUUGUAUAUUCCCACUAAAAGCAGUAUAACUCCAAACUAAAACGUACACUAUCAAAUACUCCCUAUGGAAAUUGCUUGGUGGAGAAAUGCCUUAUGCGCAAAUCGUUUGAUUAGAAACAGUGCCUAACUUAAUUUCUUAAUAAAUUUGUGCCUCUCGUAUAUCUAUGCAUUUUCUUUCUCACUUAAGUCAAAUGGGGUGGACGUCUGCAAAUUAGAUGGUCUUUAGUGAAGACUUAAGUGUUUGGAAAUAGGGGGUAAGCUGUUACAGCGAGGCAUGUUAAUAUGUGAUCCUUCAGAACUCAGAAUUCACCAGUGAUCAAUCGAUGGUCACAGGAAUAUCAAAAAUAUAAGAAUCUGAUACAUUACUACUGUCAUAGAAUACUAGCUGGGAAUAUGAAAUUACUAUUUGAUUUACAAUUCACUGUUCAAGGAACAAUUAGAUUACGUGUUCUAGAACUAAACGUCCGAUGAUGUGUUGUGAUCUUUGGGAUGGCAAAACCAUAGGAACUUCAGUUUUGCAACAGCCGGGGACCUACCUUUCAGCCAUCCUAAGAAAUUAGCUCACGUAACAAUCAUUAUCCUCUUUUCUAGGUAAAAUCCUAAUAUUUAACAAACUAACCACAUACUAAGUUGAAUCUAUAUCAGAAACACGUCCCAAUAUAGCAUGUUACAAGAUAAUGGACUAUAAUCACGCGCAUGUUAAGUCUUUUAUCAAUUGAACUGAACAGUAGGUCUUGCACAACAGGUGUUAUUAAUAGAUCGGUAUGUCCUUAUUGACAUUUUUUAUGUAUGUGAAUGUUUUGGUAGAAUGGGUUUCUGGUAUAGAUAUUUGAUUUAAUAAACUCCUUAUAUUUUUCUAA